AUCACACGACUACCAUGUAAACUUACAAAAAAAGAAACUGCUAUUGAGUAUGUGUUUCAAGAUGUUAGUGGACAUCCUUCUUCGACCAAGAAUUGGACACAUUUAUGCACAGAUACAAUAUUAUUAGACACAAGCUUGGAUUCCUUAAAACCAUUUGCGUACAGUAAAAUGCAAAUGAUAACAUUUAUGUUAUUUUUCUAUAUGUUGACCCUGACAUUAACUCAAACGACAGGUUGUAACUCCUCAGAGUGGACCUGCACCACUGGUCAGUGUAUUGAUAUCGGACAUCGGUGUGAUGGAAAUGACCAGUGCACAGACACAAGCGACGAAGCGAACUGCAACUGUGUUGAUAAACAGAUCAACUUACUAAUUGCAGUUGAAGAAGGGAGAAGUGAAUACAUUCAGCCUUUUAUCAAAGAUUUCCUCAAAGAUGUUGCUGUUGAUGGUAGAAACGUGAUUGUGCGGUUUGUGCUGUACAAUGAUUCAAAUGUGCUGGUUUUUAAUAACACCGAAAUGUCGAGUAAAGUGAAAACAAUCCAAGCUGUAGACGAACUGAAGUGGGCUGGCUCUGACAAUGCUGAGUUCAAAUCUAUCAUUAACUUCGUUGCCUCGUUUUCCACUCUUGAUUUCGGGGCUCAUCGUCAAAGUUCUCGCAAUAUUUUGUUUCUUAUUAUCUUCAAACUAAACAGGUACAACUCCUUUAACUUCCAAAUUCUAAGUAACACAAUUCAAGGGAGAGGAAUACGCAUUGUAGCUUUAGGAGUCGCUCUAACAGAUAACUCAUUGCUGGACUCGAUAGUAAGUAAACCAACUGAGAACAACAAGUUUGCUGUGGAUAAUUUUCAAGAUUUGAACAGGAUCAUUCCUAAACUUACAUCAGAAUUAUGUCCGAAAGAAACGUUAGCUGAGACUGUUUCCCCAACAUCCCUGACGUCAACUGCAAUGUCAGACGAGAAAACAGGUUCCAAAGAAAAGUUAAUUGAAAAUUUUUCACCAACAGCCGUGACGUCAAUCACAAUACCUGACACAACAAAAAGUAGUAAUUUUUCAAAAACAGACUUGACAUUAACUACAGUGAAUGACACUAUUGCAAGAAGUUGUGACUCUUUAGAGUGGACUUGCACCUCUGGUCAGUGUAUCGAUAUUGGACAUCGGUGUGAUGGAACUGACCAGUGCACAGACAAAAGUGAUGAAAGGAAAUGCUAUUGUGAUGAUAAGCCGAUCAACUUGUUGUUUGCAAUAGAUGAUGGAGAAACUGAAGACAUCAACAAUAUUAUAAAAGACUUUAUAAAAAAUUUUCUCAGAGACCUCGCUGUUGAUGGUAAAAACGUGAUAGUUUGGUUUCUGAAGUAUAAAGACACAGUCAUACUGGCUUUUAAUCGCACAGAAGUGAACAAGGUUAAGACUUUGAAAGCUGUUGACGAACUGAAAUGGGAGCCCUCGCCCUACGCUGAGUUUAGAAAUAUCGUCAGCUACGUCAGCUCUAUUUCAACUACUCUCUAUUUCGGGGCUCAUCGUCAAAAAGCUCGGAAUAUUCUGCUUCUGAUAACCCUUUACUUAACGAAACACAAUUACAAAAAUUUUGCAGCGGUGGCCAAUAUCAUUCAAGAAAAAGGAUUGCACAUUAUAGCUGUCGGGGUUGAAUUACAAGAUAACCUUUACUUAAGAUAUGUGGCAAGUGAGCCUGUAGAGAACAACACGUUUGCUGUGGAUAGUUCUGACGAUUUGAAUAAGAUUAUCCCUAGUCUUACAUCCGCACUAUGUCAAGGAAACUCCUCCAAUGAGUUUACAGAUAAUUUUACACAAACAUUCCUUGCAUCAACUACAUUGCCUGAUGAAACUACCAGAAUUUCAACUUUAGCUUCCACUUUAGUUUCCACUGCCAGUGGCUCCGCAGAUAACACAAUACUUAUAGUCAGCCUGUUGGUCAUAACCAUUCUUUUACUAGCAAUCGUGGCGUACAAAUUUAAAGAGAAACUUCGGUGUUGUUCAAGAAACACACGAAUUUCUACAAUUUCCAGUGAAAACCAGGACUAUGUAGAUGUAGACCAUUAUGACUACUUAGAACACUAUGAACUAAAAACAGAAGACCCUAGCAAGACACAGGAUAAAAACACUGACUAUCAUGAUCUUCUGGACUAUGACAAGUAUGACCAUUAUAAUGAUGUCUACAAACAAGAGACCUAUAUGGGAGUUGGCAAUGAUAAAGAAAUGCAUCCAGAAGACCAUUAUGAUAAUUUGGACAAUAAAAUAGAAAUGGUAUCAGAAUAUAUCACACCAAAAGAGAUUGUCUACAACAGCACGGCAGUUAGUGAUUAUGAUAAGCUAGAGCAAUCUAGAGGUGAAGAGCACAUUUAUGGCAGACCAAGAUCUACGGGUGACUUUACACAAAGGCCAGAACUACCUGCAUUCACUAAAGAUGUUAAAGGCAAGCCUAGACGGGGUACUUUAUAAAACACAGAUUCCAAACUAUAUUACAUUAGGUCAAGAUAAAGUAAAACUUUAAAAGGUGUAGUCCACAAAAAAAGUGGACAGUAUACAAUCACAUCAAUUUCGAUGUAUAAAUACGCUUCUAUUUAAAGCUAUUUAAUACAUUUGACAAAUAAAUUGUAUAAUAAACAUUGUUUCAAAUCUCUUACAAUCUGUAAACAAACUGGUGUGUAUUCUGUUCACUGUGUUAACUUUAACAAAACAUUGUGUUCGAAAGUCUGGGAAUUUAAUUUCUUGAAAUGCAUUAUGGAUGUUAUUUUGAUAACACCGGCUUGCUUCUACUGGAUUUGAAGACGGUGACCGUAAGCAUUCCCUAAAAGAAAAAACAAAUGUGUAACUGAAUUGAUGACGAAAGAUUUCACUCACGGACUAUCUUAUAAUAGUCUAACUGAUUACAAUAAUAGUAUCAAGAGUCCAAGACGUAACCCUCAGUGGCGUAGCUAGGGUAUUUGAUGCCCUGUGCGGCUGUUCCUCGUGACGCCCCUCUCCAUCCUCCCCCCCCCCCCCCGCAAAAAAACCCCGUUAAAAACUGAAAAGUUUCUGAUUUCGAAAUAAUGUGUUGUGUAACGGAUGGCAUAUUUUUCUUGUGGCCAAUACGUCUUAGAGGCUCUGCAUGACUCUCCGUUCGGUAUUAGCCGGAUGAACCAAACAUUUGAAAGCUUUUUUCACCUUUCGUUUUGCUGAUUCUUUUUACCUUACAAAAUAAAAGUAAAGUAAUUAGUCAUUAACAAAGAAAUAUACCAUUAUAAACUUGUCCAUAACCAGUGGAUUGAAAAAUGAAGUAACAACAUGUAAGGCUUCAAAUAUAAAAGUGUAACAUUACGUGUACCUUCAGAGAUUUAAACAAAUCUGGUAAAAUUUGAUUCGAGCUUUCUACAGCUCACAUUUAAUUUAAUUUAAGACAGAUUAUAAGACAUAACAAAUUACCAAAACAAAUACAGCGUGUUUGUUUUUAUUUAUGUAAUUACAAUUUGUAGUUCUACUAAGAAAGUUUGUCCUCAGUUUGAUGCCCCACACCACUUGAUCCUCCGUUCGGCUCGCACCACCCGCACAUUGCUAGCUACGCCACUGCAUUAUCUAGCACACUUUUCUACUACUUUUAGACCACCCAGUUUAUGAGUUUAUAUAUAUAUAUGUGUAUGUUUGUAUGUGUACAUAUAAUUACAAUUGAAAAUGCAUAUAAAGAAUUUAUUUCCAUGAACUGUAAGAGAUCUUCUUCACGUUGGUUUUGAUUUGUCAAAUAAAUUUAUUUUUUAGUUCCAAGUGUUGCUAGACAAUAAAAAAAUAGAUGUACACAUUUUUUACCAGACCAAGUGAGUUGAUUUAAGCUUUGAAAAGUAUGUACUUCACAAAAAUGUGUGUGUCUAUAUUUUUAACGUUUAUAUAAAUAUAUAUAUAUAUAUAUAUAUAUAUAUAUAUAUAGUUGUAUUGUAUGUAUGUAUUAGAUAUAUGCAUUAUCUAUAUAGAUUAUGUUUAUUGACAAAUGACUGUGUAUAUAUGUUAAAUGCAAUAUAUAUGUAUAAUUGCAUAUGGUGUAUGCACUAUGUGUAAGUAUAUGGUAUAUACAUUAUAUGUUUAUGGUAUAUGCAUUAUAUGUCUUUGAUAGAUGUGUUGUAUUGUAUACAUUAUGUCUUUCUAUAUAAAUAUUAUUUCUAUAUAGCAUUAAAGUAUCUAAAAUUUAUAUUUUAUAUAUAUAUAUAUACUAUAUGUAUUACAUUGGUAAUGUGUAUAUGUUAUAUGUAUUAUAUCAAAGAUGUAUAUUUAAAGUGAGUUAGGUUUGGUCUAAAUUUCAUUUUGUUACUACCCCUCUAGCUCGGCUUGAAGCUAAAAACCACCUCUAUAAUAUAAAAAAGGCAAUUACACACAAAAAAUUCUAUAAGCAUAGCCAAAGUGUUUUGAGUUGAAACCCCUCUCAGCCAGAAGGCUUUAAAUUUAAAACCCAUCCAGAUAGUUUUUCAGUUUAAAAUUCCCCUACAUAGAGUUUUAAGGUUGAAAACCCCUCUCUUCAAUAUAAUUCUAAAGCAAACUACAGUCACCAAAUUCUAUGAGCGUAGAUAAGGGGGUUUUGAGUUUGUAUUUAAAAAAAAAUUCCAAAGAUUUUUUUUAGUUUAACCUCUCCCCCCCCCCCCUUUUUACAUAUUGUUUUAACUAUAAAUCUUCCCUUUUCGAUAUAAUAUCUAAAGCAAACUACAAUCAUCAAAUUCCAAGAGCUUAGCAAAAAGAGGUUAAAAAUUUUCUACCAGUGGCUGUGCUCCAUUAAUUAAAUACAGUGAAUAGAAUGGAAGUCAUCUGCCGAAAUUGAAAAACACUAAAUGUGGCUCAACAAAGAUGGCUAAGAUGAAUUUUAGGAGUCAUUUAUAGAGAUCCGGUCUCAGUCAAGAAAAUCUUGGAAUCGACAAAUUUUGAGGUUGUGACAGAGCGUCGCAUGAGGUUUGCGAGACAUAUUUUCAGACAAAAUGAAUUACGAAGAACAAGUAAUUUACUCUGCAUUCACCCGUCACUAAAUAGCUGAGCCAAACUCAAUCGUUGUGGGGGCCUAUGCGAAACGGAUUUAGUGGGGCCAAGUUUGGGUAAGAAUACAUAAUAAGAGUUGCUAUGACGAGUAAAGCGCAAACAGGGACACCCUCAGACACCAUUGCUAGCAUUAGUAACACCAGGAAGAACCUAUUUUAGAGAGCAAAAAACGUCUUCCGGAGAAAUGAAGGAUCAGAAUUUAAUAAAGAUUAAUAAUGUGUACACACACACACAGACACACACACACGCACGCACGCACGCACGCACACACACACACACACACACACACAUACACACAUACAUACAUACAUACAUACAUACAUACAUACAUAUAUAUAUGCGCCCCCCCCUUCCCGAAGAUUUAUUCUAGCUACGCAAGCGAUUUAACCAGUACGUCCCAUGACAUGUGCCAUCUAAUGGAGUGUGUGCGUGUGUUACCAAGGGAAUAAUGAUGAUACAAAAGUGGCAACUGAAGUUUGAAAUCUUAGAAACAAAAAAGUGCCUGUACGGCUGUAUAUUUAAAGCAUAUAUGGUUCUGACAGAAUCCUUGAGAUGAAGAUAAUUUUACAUUAUGUUUGGAAAAAGUAGGAAACCUAUUUUCAGGGAGAUAACUGAUAUUAAUACUUUCAAAUGUUUUUUCAUCAUUACUUCCCUAUACAUUCACAACAGACUCAUUCAUAAUUUACAUGUGAAAAGAUGGUUUUUAUUUAAUGAUUUGAUUGCCAGGGGAACAAAAGAGUUUUUGUGUCUGUUUGUCUUUGCUAUCGGUAUCUUGUAUCUCUUUUGUGAUGGUAAAAUCACAAAAUCCUGACCCAAAGUAUGAUUUUUUUCUUACAAUCUUUUUUAGCAUUUAAUGAAUGUUUUUCUCAAACAGCUGCCCAAAUGGGGAUUGUUUUUUGCCAAUGAUUUUACCAGCAGCAAUUAGGAUUCUAUGAAAUUUAUCUUUUAUAUUUAAUAUUCAUUUUACCAUAUAGGCAGUGAUAUUAAGACUUAAAAUAUUGCAAAUGUGAGCGUGAUAAAACAUAGCCAAGGCCUUUUCGCUAAAAUUAAAUGACAUUUUUCUAAAUAAUCGUAAUCUUUGCUGAUAUAAUCAGUAUUUUCAGUAAAAUUUAAUAUAUUAUCUAAGACAGAACCAAGGUAUUUAAAAGUUUGAACUAUUUCAAUAUUCACAUCAGCUACAAAACAAUAUCGUUUUCCUAUUUUUCUACGAAAAUUGAUUAUUAUUUGUUUGUUGUUGUUUUUUUUUAAUUUACUAAUAAAAAAUUAUCUUUACAGUA